UAUUCAUAUAGAUUGAUAUUUGGGUUACAGAGCUAGUUGCUGGUUGAGUUAAGGGGGAUAUGGCAGAAUUUAACAAGGGGACACCUCAAGUUGGUUUGAGGUUCAAAACUCCAGAUGAGGCUUGGCAGUUUUGGGUGACAUACGGGGGUUAUACAGGCUUUGAUGUGAGGAAACGAUACUCAAAUGUCAGUAGCUUUGAUGGUAAAGUGACUUCAUGCAGAUACGUUUGUUCCAAUGAGGGUCACCGAAGAAAAGGGCAAACUGACCAUGUGACCAAGUGUUUUAGAGCUGAAACAAGAACUGGUUGCAAAUCACGGAUGACUCUCACAUUGGAUCGUGGUGCGGGGAACUAUGAAGUUACUGAUGUUGUACUUGAACACAAUCACAUACUUCACUUGCCAGAAACCCGCCACUUGAUGGCAUCACAAAGGAAAAUUUCAGAAAUGCAAGCUUUUGACAUUGAAACUGCUGAUGAUUCUGGGAUUAGACCAAAAGCGGCACAUGAGUUGGCUUGUCGUCAAGUUGGUGGGCCGUUGAACCUUACGUACACUUGUCGUGACCGGAAAAAUUAUUUGCAAAGCAAACGACAAAGGGAGUUGGCUUUUGGACAAGCUGGCAGUAUGCUGAAAUAUUUUCAUGAAAAAAUUUCAGAGAACCCAUCAUUCCAAUAUGCUUUGCAAGUGGAUUGUGAGGAGCGAAUAACUAACAUUUUCUGGGCUGAUGCAAAAAUGAUCAUAGACUAUGCACAUUUUGGUGAUGUUGUCACGUUUGACACUACUUUUGGCACAAAUAAAGAAUACAGGCCAUUUGGUGUCUUUCUUGGGAUGAAUCAGUUUCGAGAAACCACUAUUUUUGGUGCAGUAAUUCUCUUUGAUGAAACUGAAGACUCAUUUACAUGGCUCUUUGAGACCUUUCUAGCUGCACAUAAUGGGAGGCAACCUAGAACUAUUUUUACAGAUCAAGAUGCAGCAAUGGGAAAAGCUAUACCCAAAGUGUUCACAGAAUCAUAUCAUGGACUGUGCACCUUUCACAUCAUGCAAAAUGCUGUCAAGCAUUUAUGUUCAGUGAAGGGCCAAGGGAAUGAUGAGGGUGAAGAGGGUGAAGACAGAGAUGAAGACGAAGAUGAAGAAUCUCAUAUUCUCUCUGAUUUUAGUGCUUGUAUGUAUGGUUAUGAGGAUAAGACAAAAUUUGAAGAAACAUUUGACAUUUUGAGAUCUAAAGUGCAUAAGCAAAUCUGGCUAGAUAGUAUCUACAAGGUGAAAGAAAAAUGGGCUGAAUGCUAUAUGAGAGAUGUCUUUAGUUUGGGAGUCAGAAGUACACAACUAAGUGAGAGUUUCAACAAUUCAUUGAAGAACCAUUUGAAAUCAGAUUUUGAUAUUGUCCGAUUUUUGAAGCAUUUUGAGAGGACAGUUGAAGAUGCGAGGGCUAGAGAACUAGAGGCUGAAUUUGAGGCAAGGAAGAAGAUACCGAGAAGGCAAAUGUGCACACCUAUGUUAGUUCAAGCAAGCACAGCUUACACUCCAGCUAUUUUUGAAGCUUUCCAGUGUGAGUACGAGAGAUCCAUGGCUGCAUUUGCUAGAGUGUUGAAUGGAGAUAACAAAUAUGUUGUUGCUGUUGGUAACUUAAGUGGUGAAUUAAGUUUUGAAGAUGAGCGCAUAGUGACAGCUGAUCCUUUGAACCAAACAAUUUAUUGUAGUUGUCAAAUGUUUGAUAGGACAGGAAUAUUAUGUGCUCAUGGGCUAAAAGUUCUUGAUUUGAUGAAUAUAAAGUUAUUGCCCACACAUUAUGUCUUAAAGAGAUGGACUAGAGAAGCACGCACUGGAAGUAUACAAGAUAGCCAAGGAAGGAAUGUGGUGGAAAAUCCAAAGUUGGAGGCUCAACUUAGGCUCAGGUUUUUAUCUCAUAAAUUUGUCAACAUGGCAUCUAAAGCAGCCAGCUGUCCAGAAACUUGUUUGAUGAUAGACAAUGCACUUGAUCACCUUGGUCCACAAGUAGAGGAUAAACUCAAUGCAUCAACCGGUGCUGUGAAUGAAAAACCAUGUAAUGACCAAGAAAAUACUGACCCAAAUAUGCAAGGAAAAGAUGACUUGUUUAGCGCUGCGCAACUUAAGAAAAAAGAGGUUCAGCCAAAAGGCUCCAAGAGAAAGAAAAGUUGGAUUGACAAGUUACGCAAAGGGAAGCGCAAGGCGACUAAAUCCGCUGUGCCAUCCAAAAAGGGAGCAAAGCAACAAAAGAAAAAAGAUGGCGCACACCCACAUGUACAAGCGGAGGAUGAUAGCAGCAACAAAGAAACAAAUUUCGGCAUGCAUGAGUACAGUGCCAUUGGUACUUUUACCAGGCUCCUAACAUCUGCAGCUUGUGAUGAAGGCAAUAUUUACGAUGAAGAUCUCUUCUAGAUUUGCAAGUUGGUUGGAUAGUAUUUUGCAUAGAGCUAACUAUAGUAUUUUUUGCGUGGCCCAGUAGUAGCACUUGUUUGAAUGUAGAAGUAUGCCACAAUGCCAAACAAAUUCGUUUUUGCACUGCCGGCACAUGUGACAUUCUGAAUGUUCAGACUUGUGCUAA